GAUGUCCAACGAUCUCUACUGCUCCAAAAUCAUUGACACAAAUGUGCAAGUUCCAAACUUUUGGAUAAUGAAUAGAAAAGCUUGUCUAUUCAUACUUGUUUAAAUGAUCGGUAAACAAAGCAAAAUUAAAGAUGUUGCGCGGGUAUGAGGGAAUACGAUACAUCUCGGACAAGCAAGUGAUAAUUUUUGAUAUUGGGAGUGCCUACACAAAGUAUGGUUACGCGGGUGAAGCUGCGCCUCGCGGUAUUAUAAGAACAGAAGUCAAGUGCCCGGAGAGUAAAGAAUUCAGGAAAAUCUUCAGUUACAAAGAUGAGGACGACUUGUACCAACUCCUUGUUGAAUUUCUACAUUAUAUAUUUUUCAAACGCACAGUGAUCAGUCCAAAGGACAUUAGGAUUGUUAUUUUGGAAUCGCCAUUGAUUCCAUCAAAAUUUAGGAACACCUUGGUAAAAGUUAUGUUUAGGCACUUUGAAGUUGGAUCAUUGAUGGUCCUUCCAGCUCACUUGGUUACCAUCAGCACACUAGGAAUGGAUACCGCUAUGGUAUUAGAUGUUGGUUAUGAAGAAGCAACUCUUAUUCCAGUAUUCGAGGGUGUGCCCAUUCUCAAAGCAUGGCAAGCCCUUCCUUUGGCAAGCAAGGCUGUUCAUAAAUGCAUCAGCAAAGGUCUUCAAGAUGUAUUAUCAGAAAAAGAAUUGAAUGAGAAACUGAUAGAAGAUAUUAAAGUGCAAACUUGUUUUGUGACAACUAUGGAGCGCUCUGCUAAGUUAGAAACAGAUAAUCCACCUACGCCGCCACCAAGUGUCAAGUAUUACACUACAAGGACAUUUGAAAUUCCUGGCAUCAUCAGGGAAAAGGCAUAUGAAGUUUUGUGGGAAAGAGACAAUGAUAAUCUUAGUUUACCAACUAUGAUCUUAGAUGCUCUUAUCAAGUGCCCAGUUGACACAAGGCGACAAUUAGCAGAAAAUAUUUUACUUAUUGGAGGAACUACAAUGGCAAAAGGUUUUGCAAGUAGAUUAAAGUCUGAACUGUUACAUUUAGUAAACAGUGAAUUAUAUGCAGAAAAAUUAAAAGUGAGGACAUUUAAAUUUCAUUCUGCACCAAGCAAACCAAAUUAUACUGCAUGGUUGGGAGGUGCAAUCUUUGGAAUAGCAGAUCUACCAUCAAGGUGCAUUUCGAAAGAAAAUUAUCUUGAAUACAAUAGAGUACCUGACUGGGUUAAUCUCAUAGACAACAAAAAAGAUGAAACAUCAAAUACUAUUUAGCAUUAGGCUUCUUACAUAUAUAUAUUUUUAAUUUUAUUGAAUAUAUCAUUUACUUGCUAUUUGAAGUGGCUUUACACUGUAUAAAAACGAGAUACGCGCAAUUUAUAUAUUUGUAUUCAAUUUUGGUAUCAUUUAUUCUUCACAAUUUUAUAUACCUAUUACCUGCAACUGUUUGAUGAAAAUAAUAAAUACUAACGUUUUAAGACAA